ACUUUCCUUCCGCUACGGGUCGCAUCUGGGGGCGGCCGGGUCGAGAGGAGCGACACGGCCGGGCCUCCCCUUCUCCCUCCUCCUCUUCCCCGUCCCCCCUCUUGGCCCCCUCCUCCUCCUCCUCCUCUCCCUCAGCGCUUCGAUCCAAGAUGGCGGCGCUGAGCAGCAGCGGCAGCGCUGAGGGGGCAUCGCUUUUCAACGGGGACAUGGAACUCGAGCCGCCUCCGCCCGGGCCCUCCUACGCCGGGGGUAGCGGCAGCGCCGGAGGCGACUCUGCCAUCCCGGAGGAGGUGAGGGCUGCCGUACUGGCAUACGAAGAAUACACCAGCAAGUUAGAUGCAUUACAACAGAGAGAGCAACAAUUGUUGGAAUCAUUGGGAAAUGGAACUGAUUUCUCUGUCUCCAGUUCUGCCUCAACAGAAACAGUUACUUCUUCUUCUUCUUCUAGUCUUUCUGUAGCACCUUCAUCUCUCUCUGUGUAUCAGAAUCCUAUAGAUUUAUCACGGAGUAACCCUAAAUCUCCUCAGAAGCCUACUGUUAGAGUUUUCCUACCCAACAAACAGAGGACUGUGGUUCCAGCACGAUGUGGAGUAACAGUCCGGGAGAGUCUAAAGAAAGCUUUGAUGAUGCGAGGUCUUAUCCCAGAGUGCUGUGCUGUUUACCGUAUACAGGAUGGGGAAAAGAAGCCCAUUGGUUGGGACACAGACAUUUCCUGGUUGACGGGAGAAGAACUACAUGUGGAAGUCUUGGAGAAUGUGCCUCUUACGACACAUAAUUUUGUACGGAAGACAUUCUUCACUUUAGCAUUUUGCGACUUCUGUAGAAAGUUGCUUUUCCAAGGAUUCCGUUGCCAGACUUGUGGUUACAAAUUUCAUCAGCGUUGCAGUACUGAAGUGCCACUAAUGUGUGUGAAUUAUGAUCAGCUUGAUUUACUUUUUGUCUCCAAAUUCUUUGAACAUCAUCCAAUACCACAAGAAGAGACCUCUGUCGGGGAGACCACACCAGCAUCUGGAUCAUACCCUUCAGUAGCCCUUUCAGAUUCUUCCGGCCCACCAGUUCUCCCCAGUCCAUCUCCUUCAAAAUCCAUUCCAAUACCUCAGCCAUUCCGACCUGCUGAUGAAGACCAUCGAAAUCAGUUUGGUCAACGUGAUCGCUCAUCAUCUGCCCCCAACGUGCACAUCAAUACAAUAGAGCCAGUCAAUAUUGAUGACUUGAUUAGAGAUCAAGGGUUGCGAGGAGAGGGAGGCUCAACCACAGGAUUGUCUGCCACACCACCUGCGUCUUUACCUGGAUCUCUCACUAAUGUGAAAGCAUUACAGAAAUCCCCAGGGCCUCAGAGAGAGAGGAAGUCCUCGUCAUCUUCUGAAGACCGAUCUAGAAUGAAAACCCUAGGUCGAAGAGAUUCAAGUGAUGACUGGGAGAUACCAGAUGGCCAAAUCACAGUUGGACAAAGAAUAGGCUCUGGUUCAUUUGGGACAGUCUAUAAAGGGAAAUGGCAUGGUGAUGUUGCAGUGAAAAUGUUGAAUGUUACAGCUCCCACCCCUCAGCAGCUACAGGCUUUUAAAAAUGAAGUAGGAGUUCUCAGGAAAACACGACAUGUGAAUAUAUUACUUUUCAUGGGUUAUUCAACAAAGCCACAGCUGGCUAUAGUUACACAGUGGUGUGAGGGGUCCAGUCUUUAUCACCAUCUACACAUUAUUGAGACUAAAUUUGAAAUGAUCAAGCUGAUUGAUAUUGCACGCCAGACAGCACAAGGAAUGGAUUACUUGCAUGCCAAGUCUAUCAUCCACAGAGAUCUCAAGAGUAACAAUAUAUUUCUUCAUGAAGAUCUCACAGUAAAAAUAGGUGAUUUUGGUCUAGCAACAGUGAAGUCACGAUGGAGUGGAUCCCACCAGUUUGAACAGUUGUCUGGAUCUAUUCUAUGGAUGGCACCUGAGGUUAUUAGGAUGCAAGAUAAAAAUCCAUAUAGCUUUCAAUCAGAUGUGUAUGCAUUUGGAAUUGUUCUUUAUGAACUGAUGACUGGGCAGUUGCCAUAUUCCAACAUCAACAAUAGGGACCAGAUUAUAUUUAUGGUGGGACGAGGUUAUCUUUCUCCGGAUCUCAGCAAAGUGCGAAGCAAUUGUCCCAAAGCCAUGAAGAGACUAAUGGCAGAAUGCUUGAAAAAAAAGAGAGAUGAAAGGCCUCUCUUCCCCCAGAUCCUUGCAUCUAUUGAGCUUCUGGCCCGAUCAUUGCCAAAAAUUCACCGUAGCGCAUCUGAACCCUCCUUGAACCGGGCUGGUUUCCAAACAGAGGAUUUUAGCUUAUAUGCUUGCACGUCUCCAAAAACACCUAUCCAGGCAGGGGGAUACGGCGAAUUUGCAGCGUUCAAGUAGGCACAGCAUCAUUGGCAGCAAAUCCACUCUUUAUUUUUAAAGUCUUGUGUUCCGACCGUUUCUUUUUAGAAUAUUCAGACUCGCUUGUGCUCCUCUAAACACUGCAGUUUAGAAAAACUAUAGAUCUGUCCACUUCGAUCAGAUCAGAAGGGAGCUCCCAAUCCAACCUUGGGUGGAAGGGAAAAGCUCUUGUUUGGGACAAGUGCUUUCCGCUGCCUCUGUGUCCCCCUCCAACAAAAGUCAUGUGCAUUUGAAGAUCUCUAGUGGCUGCCUGUACCGUUGGCAUCAUUCCCAGGAAAGAGGGAGGGCUGCGCUUUGACUUUCUGGUGCUGUGGCAUGAUGAAGUUGGAACUCCUUCUGCAUCAUAGGCUUGGGAUGAUCUGCUGGCCGGCUUUCUCCCUCUAACAACGAUUCAUCAGAGGCUGAACAUCUGAUGAGACAGAGCUAAUCAAAACAAUCAUCCUCUGGUUUGAUUUUAUUUUGUGUGUGUGUUUCCUUCCUGGUGUGCUUACUGAUCAACAAAAUAAGUGCGGUGUUUCCUUUUCAACUGAACUUCGCUCUUUUGAUUUCACAAAGUAAAAACUCAGUCAGAAGAGUCAGUCAGAGUCAUUUGAAAAGGAAAGGCGAUUCUGCACUUUCCAGAAUUGCUUUUACCUCCUAUUCAGAGCCAUCCUUUUCCCCAUCUUUUCCUUUUUGUAUACUUUUGGAAUGGGUUAGGAGCCCUUAUUUUGUCGGUCCAGCAACAGAUGUUUUUACAAAACUGUAGCAAAGCUCAACAUGCGUGGCUUUCUUUUCAUUUUGUAUUGCGAAUCUGAAUCUGUGUUUUGUGUGUUGAACUUUUUGGGGAUGCCCAGAAAGUCUAAUACAGACUAUGAAUAACAAGUGUACCUAUUUUAAAAGGUACAAGGUAGUGUCAGGUACCUAACGUUUCAUAAGCAGACAUUCUCAGGUUGAAUUGAAUACAUUUCAAAAAUUAAACCCAGCCACAAGCUUCCCAAAAAUUAGACAUUCCAAAAAAAAAAAAAAAAGAAAUUUGCUUUGGUACUUUUUUUUUUUAAAAAAGGCAGAACUUUUAAUCAUGUUAACUCAGUAAACUGUGAAUGAACAUUGUGUGCAUGAGAGAGAGAGAGAAAAUGCAGCAACUUGGCUUUAAUGGCAGUUUGCUGUUUCUUUUGUUGAUGUUUUUCUAUACAAAUGGUACUUGCUGGAUCAACGCUAUUCACCUUGCCUGUCCUCACCUUUUCCCAUGCAAUUUCUUUUCUUGCCCUUAUUUUGUAUCCUUGGUGAUUCCAUUUUGCUUUUCUCUUUAUGCCUUGCCCUUAAAUCUAAUUUGCAAAAUGGUUUCCAGUUCUUGUUAUUAUCCAAACAAGAUAAAAUGAUACAAAAAUCAGAUGUUAGGUUAUCUCUAGUAGAAUUAUGAAACUGUAUGAAUUUUGAAGUAAGCAGAAUUCUCUAUGGUGUGAUGAUUUUCCUUUUUUGGGAAAGGAUAGUUGUGUGCCACUGGAAGAGAAUUCAUAAGAAAAGACACCUUAUUACCCUGUCCUGCCCUGUAUUGAUAGGUAGGAGGCUGGAACAGCCCAUGCUAGUAUAGUUUCUAGUGGAUGAAACUAGAUUAUCUAUGAAAAAGUCAAAAUUCAGUGUUCACAUGUUGAUUCUCCAAUACUGCAGACCUGUUACUAAAAAAGACAACAAAAGAUUAUUUUUUAGCAAAGCUUUGUUCAUAAAACUUGGUUUUUUUAAAAAAAAACAUAUUACCUUUAUGGUAAAGGAACUAUAUAGUGUAUUUGAUUUUUUUUAAUUGAACCAAGGGUCAUACAGAAAUGGGAGCAAGAGGCGUAAUGAAAAAAUAUUAUGUAUUCAGACACUAACAGGAUAAUGAGUAAAAUUGCUUGGCAUUAUUUCAGGGAAGAUGCAUUUCUGCAUAAGCAUCACUGAAGUGAAAUGAAGUGAUGCAGGAAGUUAAAGAUGUGUUCUUGGAUGACUCCUUUUCACUUCAGUGAUUGGUCUGCUUUGGGAAAGCUUUCUAAGAAUUUAUUCAGAAAAAUGAGAUUAAAACAACUUGUGUCAUCUUCCAAAAAGUAUAUAAGGUUUGUUACAAAUGUAAAAUACAACUCUAAUGCUGGCAGCAAUUUUUUUUUAUUAAAAAGUUUUACAGAAAAUUUCCACGAAUGCCUCUCUUCUCCCGACCACCCCCCACCCCCUCCCACCUCCACCCAAUCCCCCCACCCCCACACCCCCAUCCGGACUUCCCAGAGCAAAAUACAGGGUAUAACAUCUAACAAUCAUAAGCUAGAAUAUGCUAACUAUCCAUAAACUCCCAUCCCUCCCCUAGAGCCUUAACUCCCCUUUUACAUAAAGAAAAAUAUACAAAUACAAUUUUUACUUUCUAGUCAUUCAUAAGCUAUUUGGUACUUCUUGGUCUGAUAUUUGUUUUGAAUAUAAUCAAUCCAUCUUCUCCAUUCCAGUAUAUAUCUUUCUUGUGAAUAGUCUUUCAGAUACGCUGAGAUUUUUGCCAUCUCCGCUAAAUUUGCUACUUUUAAUACCCCCUCUUCCAUGGUAGGCAGAUAUUCCUUCUUCCAAUAUUGCUCUACCAAUAGUCUAGCUGCUGAUAUUAAAUUUAAGAUCAAUUUAGUCUCUAUUGCCGUACAGUCCGUAAUUAUAUCCAAUAAAAACAACUGCAAACUUUAUCUUCUUUUUCAAAAUAUUUUGCAUAACCCACCAAAUUUUUAUCCAAAAUGUUUUGAUUUUUUUACAAGUCCACCAUAUAUGAUAAUAAGUAGCAUCAUCACAAUCACAUCUCCAACAUUUAGCUUGCAAAUUCGGAUACAUACAGGCCAGUUUUUUAGGAUCUAGAUGCCAUCUAUAAAACAUUUUGUAAAAAUUUUCUCUUAAAUUUUGUGCUUGUGUAAAUUUAACAUUCCUAACACAAAUUUUUUCCCACAUUUCCAUCAUUAUAGGUUGCUGAAUAUUUUAUGCCCAUUUUACCAUACAAUCCUUAACUAAUUCCAUGAUAAAGUAGUAAACUCCUGGAAGCCAAUUCUUCUCAGAUCACAAUAACAUUGAUUUAUUAUUAGAUUUAUAUACCACUUUUGUUUUGUACAGCUCAAGAUGACAUAUAGCGUGCUGGGCAACAAAGAGUACUUUUGGCUCCAUAACACUCAAUAGACCAGUGUGGAUCAUUUGCUAAGGAAUAUUGAGCCAUCUCAUAUUCUGUUGAUUGAUGGCAAGCAAAACCAAUAUACUUUCAGACUUCUUUCCUCCUCCUCCUUAGAUACUCUGUGUUUCCCGAGGAAAGCUAUCCAGUAGUUUAUAAUUUAUGAUUUGUGGGGGUUAUUAAAUAUUGGCAUGACUAAAAAUACCUGUGUUUUUCUUACAUGCCAUUUAGAAGUCUGAAAAAUAUUCUAGUUGCCUUAUCAAAUUAUGCAGCAUUGGGUCAGUGGAUAAAAGCAGUUUUAUGAAAAUUCUAAUUACACUGACUGUAUUAUUGCUCCAAAAGAAUAAAUUUAGAAUAACCAUUUAUCAAUGCCCCUUCACUCUUGAAUCCCACAUUGUUUGAUUUGAAAUCUUCUACAUGUUGCAUCAGAAAAGCAAAGAAGCAGCACUAUACACCAAUCAUAUUUGUGUUGGUUGAUUGGUUGGACUGGCUGUACUUACAGCCUUACCUUUUUAAAAUAUUCUUGCAUUUACAUGUUCUGUUUCAUCUUUACUUCUUUGGGUGCUAGGAUUUACAGCAAUUGUUUUGCUUCCUCCAAGCAAAGUUUUUUCCUUCCCAUAAACUUCUCUAAAAUAUUGGAUGUUGACAUCUCUUCUAUACAGGAUUCCAGUAUAUUCCUUCCAUCUUCAUUUGAUCUUCUCUAAAUUAGUUACUGUCUGCCUACUGAUGUCUUUUACGUGUAGCUAUUUGGAGUCCGAACUUCCUCCUGAUUUCAGAGAUCCUUUGGAAAACUUUUCUUAUUUUUUGUGUUUGUUUCCAUCUUCAUUGUCUUUACACAUGUAGCAAUAACAGUCAUUGUCUUUUUAAACAGCUCUCUAAAAUUCUUUAAGUUUCCUGAGAUUUUUAUCUUGGCUUUUACUUCUCUUCUCUUGGCAAAUCUCAGAAUUUGUUGUUUUUUUAAAUUUUUGCCUUUUUUUUUUCUUUUUUCUUUUUGGUUUUUUCAUGUUCAGUAACUCUAUAUCAUUCCACAGUUCCUCCAGAUCUAUAUCAAUGUGGUUCAGGACUUCAAAGCAAUUUCUGAUAUUCUCCUUGAAAAUGAUAAGUACAUCCCCAAAAUGGUUUUUCUGAAAUCUGGCUGUCUUUAUUCUUCCACUUUAUCUUGGCUUGCAACAAUUUGUGAUUUGUUCUGUAGUCAGCCCCUAACCACCUCUGCCCAGCUAAUUCACCUCUUUAUGCCAGCAAUGCAAUCAGUUUGAUUUCUUUGUGUUCUCUCCGAUUAUGUCCCUAUACAUAGGAGAGGAUUUUGUUCCUUGAAGAAUGUCUUAGCAACAAAGAAAUUACUGGACUGGCAGAAACUGCUAAAUUAUUUUUCUGUUUUCAAUUUUCUUGGCCAUAGAGUCUUUAGUUUUCCUCAUUGUUGCCAACUAUGACCUUCCAGCUUCUAACCAUAAUUAGCACAACUUUCUUGCAAGUUCUAACAGAAUAAUAGAGUUGGAAGGGACCUUCUCGUCUUCUAGUCCAAUCCUCUGCUCAAGCAGGAACUCCUUAAUAUCCUCUUCUGCAUCACUGUUUAAUAGCCAUAUUAUUAAAGGGCUGUCUAUGAAGACUAACUUUUAUUAUUCAGUCAUUGACUGCAUUAAUCCAAAUACUGUCGUUGCUUUCCUUCUUCGUUUUUCAUGGCCUGGGUGAUAAAUAGAUCUUCUGACUAAAAGACUCCAAAUCCUGUCCGUUUUAACUCACUGAUGCUUAGGAUUUAAGUGUGUAAUUAGUACUCUGUUGAGCUUUUCCAUGUUCAUGCUUUUUACAUUCCAUAUUCUCACUGUAAUUCUGUCUGUAAAACUUUGGACUUUCCUUUCCUGCUUGGCAACAUCUACAACUAGAUAAUAAAGAAAUUAUGUUUGUUUUCACUAAAUCAUUCAUAUAUUUCUAGCAUUUUUCUAUAUUGCUUCUCUCUGGCAUAGAUACUUGCUUGUUUUAGCUAGGCAUCUGAGAUGACUUUUACACCUUAGAUUUUUGUUUAAAUCUCAUAUUCAAAACAAUUUUUCUAAGAAUUCACCAUUUUUAUUCAUUAUGACAUCCCUAAAGGAUCCAAUCCCUUUUGUGUAUUCUCUCGCCCUCCAUUCAUGCUACCUAAAAAUAUAUUCUCCCCCAGUUCCUCAAACUCAUCCUUGGUUCUGAGUAUUCACUGGUACACAAGUUGCAGUUAUCACGCAUUUAUGGAUUCAUGUUUUUAUAUACAUCUUUAAUAACGCAGAUGGUGCUAGUUCCUAUAUGAUAGCUCUUUAAUUCAUAAUUAAAUCCAUUUUCAUCAAUUCCACAAGAUCACCCAACUACUCAAAUAUACAUCAUUCCCAUUUUUCUUAAGACAUAACAAUUUUCAUUCUUUUCAUUUGUUAAUUCAAUGCUCUUUACAGUUUACUCCUUAAUUCCAAGUUGCAGUUCAUCCCCCUUAUAGUAUUGGACCAUCUAGGAUGCUUUAUGAUGAGAUAGAAUAAGGCUAAAUCAACUGUAUUAAUUGUGCCCAGGUCAGAUGCAUCAUUUUCUGCUAAUGCUAAGAGUAAUACUUCUGGCAUAUUGACCAAAACAUAGAGCUUGGGUAUGUUUUGGUCAAUAUGCCAGAAGUGCAAUCUGAUUCUAGGUUUACUCCAAUGCAAGGUAAAAUCUGUAAUCUAGAUACUGUUUUGCAAAUCAUUUAUAGGAAGUUAUAAGCAUGGAUAUGCUUUGAUUCUGUCCAUCUAAGCAUAAGGCAAGCCAUUGGUUUCCCCCCCACACCCCCAUGUUUAUCUUCUACUGAAUGAACUUAACAUAACUGAACACAAAAUUGGGAUGGCAUUAUGGGAAUGAUUCAGAUCCUGCAUUUAAAAACAGUGUAGUUUGAAGCAAUUAGGGCAGGUUGGUAAAUUAAACUCCUACAGAAAUCAUUGCCUAUCCAGAAAGAUCUACUUCAGACAUGACAUUCUGAUUUUCUAGCACAAUAUGAUCCUGUUUUCUGGACCCAAUAAAUAAUGUACACAGUAAAAUCAUUUCAAUAUAAUAAUUGGUUGUCAAAUUGGCAGCCCAUGGGCUGGAUGCAUCAUGUGCAGGCCACACCCACUCCAGCUCCAUGAAGGGAAAAACAUUGCAAUAUACCACGUGACAGCAACGUGAUGCGGUGAGUUUGACAUCCGUGAUCUAACUUAUUCUUUAAUCAGGAGAUUCAUUAUAAUAUCCCUUCAAUUGAUAUUUGAAAGAUUGUUUUAAUUCUUCGUUAGAAUUUGCCAUUAGAGAUGCCAUUCUAAACAACCUGAGAAUCAGUUCAGUUGAGAACAGUGAAACUGAUUUCCGAGUAAGAAUGUUUUACGAAUUGAUUUUAAUGUUAUUACAUUAAAACAGGAAUCAUCCUGGUCUUUUGAAUGAGAAUAACUGCAAUCAAUAUAUUAAUUCCAAAUUAAAAUUUCUUGGAAAACAAACAGAGACUAGUAUAAUAGGAAUAUGUCCUUAUACAAAUUUUUUUUGUGGCUGAACAAAAUGGAGGAUUACCUAUUCCAGAAUUAAUUUUUUUUUUAAUAUUCUGUGUUGAAACUGUGUUUGUUAGCUAAUUAUCCCAGUGGCAGCACUUACCUCAACAAAGGCUUGUCCAGUUGAGAAAUUCUACAACAAAUGAUAGAAUGAUAACAUUCCUAGGCUUCAUCUGACCUUUGUUUUUGCACCAUAAACAGCAAAGCUGUGAAUUAAUGAUUCUGACUGCCAUCCUUACUGUAUUUUAAAGGUUUUCCAGCAUUAUGAUACUAUUACUGGCAGUACUUCACCAAAAAAAAAAAAAACUAAGACAGCUACCUAUCCCAACAUCCAGCUGGUAGUCUUUGUGAAAGAAAUUUCUCUCCAGUCUUAUGCUGCAAUUUUCACUGUGAAACUUCAUUUUGUUUUGGUUUUGAGUUAUUUUUUUAAUUAGAUGUUUCAGUUUUUGCUAUGCUUUGGAGGAGGGGAACAGUUUAGGUAUGCAUGCAUAUCUUCUAUCUCAUUGUAUUCUUUUUUGAACCAUGCAUUCAUGGUUCUAAGGCUAAGCAUCUUUCAAUCCAUUGGAAGAGAGAAAUUAUCAAACUUGGAAGAGAGAAUGCUGCAUAGCUGAUCCUGAGAUAAUUUAUUCUGGAUUCAAUCUAAAUAAUUUAUUUCACUAGAGAAAUUAAAUCUAGUCUAGGUUUAAUUAUUCUAUGAGCUCCAUUUCUUUUGUAAGCAUAUCACCCACAUUGGAUAGGAAAUUGUACUGUUAAAUAUAAUUCAUGUUUAAUCACCAAUUGCAUAUGGAGGAGAAAGGCACCAGUUUUUCCACAAAAUUACUGUACACUAAAUCAGUAGACUUUUUAUCCUUUAGAUUGCCAUUAUUUCACCACAUUUGUAGUAAGAAACCUCAUCAAAGCAUUGCAUAUUUCAGUAAUACAUACAACUGAAAGUUAUAUAUUUUUUACAAAUUAACUGUAAAAUGGUUAGUAGCCUUUCAAAAAGAACAGGAUGGUGGGUAGACUGUGAAUUAUUUUAUUGAAGUUUGAUUCAAUUUUCCAACUGUGGGCAUAACUAAAAAUGUUUGAUGCAUUAUUCUUGGUUUCUUCAUGAAGUUUCACUAAGUUUUAUUUGCAGAAUUAGACUAUCAGCAAAAUAUUUAUUUUGCCUUUAUUUUUGUAUUGUAUCAGCCUUGUCUGUGCUUGCACAAAUGUUAGUAAACACAUUUUGCUUUAUAAUGGAUCUCUCACAUUUAAUCUGGGAAAUUUUCCUUAACAAUUUGCCAAACGGUUGUGCCUUUUAAAAAGCAAGUAAAAAUGACCACAAUAUUGAGAUGCUUAUAUUACAGAACAGCAAAUUUACUUUAAGUCCCAAUACACUACAGUUUCAAACUUGGGUAGAAAUACAGGAAAUUGUGCAUAAAGCAAAAUUUCCUGUUUAAAUCUCAGUAAAACGAAUAGCGACUGGAUCUCCAUGACUGCCAUUGCUCUUUUCUCUAGUGUUCCAAAUAUACUGUGUUCAUGUAGUAUUUACUCCCCAGAUCAGCACUAAAUCCCAAGUUAAUUGAAAUAAUAAACUCAUCAUUUAUAAAAUAAUACUGUAGGCAAAAUGGAAGAACCAUUUUAUAAAAGAACAUUGAACCUACCUUUGAGGAAAGGUAAAAUAGAACAAUAAAGGAAAAUAAAGUUGUUAUGGAGACUACUAUGCUAGUUGAAAGUUGUCGAGACUCUUAGUGAGAAAAGCAUCAGAGAUUGGCCUCAGUUGUUCCUCAGGCAAUUUAUUGAACUGGAAAUCUAUAAAUCCCAACCUAGAUUCAGUUACUAUUUUGACACCAUAAACUUUAAAAAAAAUAUGGAUAAAUAGCCAAGAAACCGUAUAGGAGCUAAUGUGAUUUGGUAUCCUGUUCCAAAUUUAUAUUUGUGAAGACAGGUUUAUUGAUUGAUCCUUCCCACCUUCAUUAGGGUUUAAGAGAUAUUAAAUCCACUAGGAUGUUAAACUUUACAAAUACUUAAUAUCAACAGGCCAAAAUAUUUUAAAAUAGAAAAAUAAACCUUCUGUCACAUAAUCUUAACCAUUCCUUAAAAUGUGAAAGUAAGACCCACUGUUCUUGAAGACCUAUUUCAAGAUAAAUUAGCAUAAAUUGCAGCAAUUAUAUGUUGUAAUCCCUAUUUUGGCAGAUGGAAUUCUGAACCCAGACAUUUAUUUUGUAAAUGUCUGAGUGAUUUAUGUUUAUUAUAUGCCAGUUAAAAUAUAUCUACAAGUAAAUCUGUUAGAAUUAUUUCUGCUUUCUUUCUGGAUUAGAAAAAUAUUAAAUGGGUGACAGUUUUGAACUGUUAGGAUUUCCCAGAUUCUGUGUUCUACUUGUUUAUACCUAGUUAUAGCUGUCCAUUUUUUUUCUGUAGUGUGUUGGGAUUCUGCUAGAAUGUCAUUAUCUACAUACAUUAGAGAGGAUAAGUUGAUAUGGAAGCAUUAUUUCAGGCAUGUGCUGAAAUGGAAGAAAAAUGAAUCAAUAGAGGAAAGAAUGGGAACAGUGGGAACUAUUAUUUGCAUUCAGAGUAUGAGUCUUGAGUUUAACUUAACUUCUGAUUUAAAAGAUAAAAAUAAAAACUUAAGUGCAAUAAGUGUACUUUGAAAUUUAAAGCUGUGAAUGGUUAAAGAAAUCCACCUCAUUCCUUCCAGAUUGUUUUUUCCUUUUGUUUUCUGUGAUUAAAGUGGCAGUGAUCGAUAUUAUUUAGGGUCAUUCUCUCCCAGCUUUGGGGAAGAGUUCAUACAUUCAUGACAACCAACCAUAAUCCUUGCUUUUUACUUUUUUUAUAAAAUCAGUUUCUGUAUGACAGCACCUAUCGUUCCAAAUAACUGCUAUUAUCAUAAAACUGGUGUUGCCUGUUGGUUGUCAAGAAUGUGCCAAACACCCAAUUUUUACAGAAUAAAAUUGAGCUUGUUGUAUUCCUAAGUAGUGUUGCUCUAUAUUUCACUACAGAGCAUAUAUUGUGAGUGAAUUACGCAGUCAUUGAGACUGAGCACUAGAGGCCCAACUACUGGACUGCAAUAGCCCUUCUAGCCUAAAUAGAGGAAGUUUGCUUUUGUAACCAGCACCUCUUGGGGCUAUUAGGGACCAGUGAUGGGUAAAAUGUUUCUAAGCGGCUGAAAACCAUAAAUUCCCCGAUUUUCUGUUGUGUACGGAAUACAAAAAGGCUUAUCUUUAUCUUCUUUACACUAUUUUCCUAAAAGAAUUUAUAUAAAAACUGUUAAGUGCUUGAUUAUAUGGAUUGACCUUUUCCCCUUUUCAACUGUGCUGCUUCUCUUCAGUUAGAUAUGGGAAUUGUACUAACUGGAUAUUCUCUCCACUGCAUCAUUGGAGAAUUUCAUUCCAAUGACUUCUUACCACAUGCACUAAGUGUUUCUCUCUGUGUUAAUUAUCACUUCAGGGAUUUGCAGUCAUGGAAAACAGUAGAGUUGUUCAUGAUUAGGACUCUGUUGUAUUGCUAGGAAAUGUCUAUACAGGAGUGUGGAGAUGUUAUAGAUACUAAGUUCUUUCCAUAGGUUUUCCCUUAACAACCUUUAGUGAUGAGCAGAGAAACUGUGUAGAAUUUGUCCAGCUUAAAUACUGUAAAGUUAGAUCCUACGGAAGUGACUGCAAAGAUCAACCAAAAAAAAUUGCUGAACAAGGUUAUUCUAACAUGUUACUGAAAAGGAGAAAUUUGUUUACCUAAUUAAUGCAGUGAAAAUUUAUCACAACAUUGUAUUCCUUCAAUAUUUUUUCCCCACAAAUGUUUCAUCCUCCAAAACUCUGCAAUUCUGACUCUUUUCCUCUUUUAAGAGACAAUUUUUUUUUUAAAGUAACAGUUAAAAAUAUUUAUCAGGACUGCACUUAUAAUUCACAGGGAAAUAUAUUUUCAGCUUUAUUUUAUUGAUCACUGCAGCGUUUUCCCAUCACCCAGCCUUUCCUUUUCUCCAGUUGUUGACUGUAAAAGCUUAUACAGAUUUUAGUUGUUAAAAUCCUCUAACGUAAAUUCCUUUCAUUUGUACUUUGAGCUUUUUUCUCUCAUGUAAAUUUGUACAGUGGAAAAUAUUGUCCAGUUUGGUUUAGCGAGCAUGGAGACAUACAAUUUAAAAAAAAAAUGACAGCUGAAAAUUAAGACUGAAGAACUAUUUGUGUAAAGUUAUUUAAAUAACUCUGUAUUAUAUAAAAGGUUAAAAGUUAUAUGUAUUUGAUGUGAAUACUGCUAUAAUAAAGGUUGACUGCAUGGAGAACACUUUGUAUUAAAUAUCAUUAAUAUAAUAAGGGUUAUAUUUGCAUCUACAUUAUGGGAACUUCAGAGUAUUAAUUAUAUCAAUGAAAUAGAGUUCUUAAGCAGGAAAUGGAUGUAUAAUCAGAGAAUUAGCUCUGAAUGUCUUUGUUUUUAAAUGCAACACAAAUAUUGGUAGAAACAGAGUGUAAACUAAAACACAUGAUUUGGCUUUAUAGUUUAUUUGUUAAAAUUCAUACUUAUGUAAAAUUCAUACUUAUGUAAAGCAAAAUAUUUUCUGUAGUCUAUAAGCAAUGAAGACGAAUAAUUCAGAUGAAUCUGUUUUAAGUAAAUGUAAAUAACUAUUCAAACUAUAUUUGAACAAGACAGGCACAGUCUGUCAUAACACAAUUCCA